UAGAGUAAAUUAUUCAAAAUAGAAUCUUAUGGGCCGGAUAUUAUUGGAUUCGAGGGACAAUAUAUAUAUAUAGUACAAGCUAGAAGGUGUGGAUGCUUUAAGUGAGGGGACAUGCAAGUGAAAAGCUUAUUGCUAUAUUGUGAGUAUCCUUUUUUCUCAAGGGAAAACCAAAAAUAAAAGGAAAAACAAAGAAAAAAGAAAAAGGAAAAAUAAAAAAACACAGACAGACAACACUAUGUUUGGGUUUUUUCCUAUCUUAUUUGCUCUGUUUCUAGGCCUAUCUCUUGCUUAUCUGCUUCUAAAAUUCUUUAACAAGAAAAAGUACGAAAAUUUACCUCAUGGUAACAUGGGUUGGCCCAUUUUUGGGGAGACUCUUGAAUUCCUCAAGCCUCAUAGUUCAAACUCCAUGGGGAGCUUCUUGCAAGAACGUUGUUUCAGGUAUGGAAAGGUGUUCAAAUCUCAUCUAUUUGGUGCACCCACCAUAGUUUCCUGUGAUCUUGAGCUCAACAUGUUUAUUCUUCAGAACGAAGGCAAACUAUUUGAAACUAGCUAUCCAAAGCCCAUCCAUGGUAUUCUUGGAAAGUAUUCUCUGCUGCUGGUUUCCGGAGAUCUCCAUAAGAAGCUGAGGAAUAUUGUUGUAAGCUUCAGCAGCUCAUCCAAAUCCACACCUGAAUUCCUUCACUGGGUUGAAAAGCUAUCUAUUUCAACGAUGGACUCAUGGAAGAACCGUAGAGAAGUUUCCUUCUUCAAAGAAGCUAAAACGUUUACAAUGAGUAUUAUGGUAAAGCACCUUUUGAGUAUUAAACCGGAGGAGCCACUUGCUGCUGAGAUAUUGCAUGACUUCGAAACAUACAUGAAAGGGUUCGUUUCUCUACCGCUAUAUAUCCCUGGAACCGCAUAUACCAAGGCUGUGAAGGCUAGAGAAAGAUUAUCUUCUACUGUUAAAGAGAUUAUCGAAAAAAGGGAAAGGGGAAAUGCAGGAGUUGCUAAUGAAGGAGAAGACUUCUUGGAUGUGAUAUUGUCAAAGCAGAAGCUAAGCGACGAAGAGAUGGUGAGCAUUGUAUUGGACAUCUUGCUAGGCGGCUACGAGACAACCUCAACACUCAUGGCCUUAAUUGUCUACUUUCUAGGUCAUUCUCCAAAUUCUUUUCAAACUUUAAAGGAAGAACACCAAGCAAUAGCAGAAAAUAAAAAUGAGGAUGAAGCCCUAAAUUGGGAAGAUUACAAGAAAAUGCAGUUUACUUACCAUGUUAUAUGGGAAGCAAUGAGAUGUGGGAAUGUGGUGAAAUUUGUGCACAGGAAAGCUCUUCAAGAUGUCAAAUUCAAAGGCAUUGUGAUACCCUCAGGGUGGAAGGUUCUUCCCAUGUUUACAGCCGCACAUUUUGAUCUUUCUAUUCAUGACAAACCCCUCGACUUUAAUCCUUGGAGAUGGAUUCAUGAUAAAGAAAUGGGCAAAAAAGUGACACCCUUUGGUGGUGGACCAAGGCUUUGUCCGGGGGCCGAACUAGCUAAAGUUGUCAUUGCAGUGUUCCUCCAUCAUCUUGUCCUCAAUUAUAGUUGGAAAACAAAAGCAGAGGAUAUCCCUCUUGCUUUGCCUUAUGUUGAAUUCAGAAGAGGUCUUUCAAUGGAGAUUCUACCAACAAAUUACGAGAGGAUUAAUGUGAAAAGAAGAAGAUCACCAUGAUUGAGCAGAGAGCCUCUAUCAUGCAAUUGUAAAGGACAUUCAAACCCAAAAUUUAACACAAAAUGUCCACAACCUCCAAGGCUUGCUGUGAAUCGCUUUAAGUAUAUAUUUAUAUCCAAACUCCAAAGCCUAAUGGGUUCCCAACAAAAAAAACAAAAGGUUGGAGCCCUCCAAAUAUAUCGCAGGGCCUAGUUAGCUGCUAGCUAGCCAUCUAUAUAAUUCAAAUAAAAGUAGUAACUUUUUUAUUA